GACUCGGUCGAGGGUUGUCUGCGGUGCGGAGUGAAAACAGCGCGGGAGAAGACGCCAUGAAUGCUCCAGAUCGUUACGAGAGAUUCGUCGUCCCCGAAGGAACCAAAAAGGUUUCAUACGAGAGGGACACGAAGAUUAUCAACGCCGCCUCCUUUACGAUCGAGAGAGAAGACCACACCAUCGGCAACAUUCUUCGAAUGUACUGAUAGAUUUUUUUUUUGUUUUCUAAUUGGUUGAUUGAUUGAGCUCUAAUUUGUUGUUCUAUUGUUUCGAUUUUUGAACUAUGAUAAACAAUCAGGCAAUUGCACCGUGACGAGAAUGUGUUGUUUGCUGGCUACAAGCUCCCUCACCCUCUGCAGUACAAAAUCAUUGUUAGGAUCCACACAACUAGCCAGUCCUCACCAAUGCAGGCGUAUAAUCAGGCCAUCAAUGACCUGGACAAGGAACUUGAUCAUUUGAAGAAUGCGUUUGAGACUGAAAUGGCAAAGCAUUCAGGGCAAUUCUGAUCCAGAUUUGAGGUGCUGAACCUGAAUGAACUGCUUUUGCAUUUUGGUUUUGAAUUGGAAUCAACCAUGUCUUCCUCGGCACUGUUUUGCUUUGUUAGUUAUGAAGUAUCUUAGCUAUAACUUAUGUACUUGAGUUUGUUGAAUGUCUUAUCAUUAAACCUUUACCUAUCAAUGAAGUUAUAUGGAUGUAUUUAUAUGGAUGUAUUUGUAGGAUGAUGGGGGACUGUGGGGAUUAGUGGAAAUUGCCGUCCCUGAUAUUCAAAUCCCCACACCCAGCAUGUUUGUAAUCAAUAACAAAAUGAAUAGCUUCAUUGACGUUAUAUAUAUAGAGGGAGAGUAGGGAUUUAUUUGCGUA